AUGAAAAUGAGACGAAAAACAAUAUUUGGAGGUCUCUCGUGCAUGUGUUUUGUGUUUUUCUUAUACAAUUUUCUCCCCUGUGAGAAUGGACCCAAGGCUUACAUGGUUCCAAAAGAACAGAUCAAGUACAUAUAUGAUCAUAAUCAGAAAGCCAUACCUUAUGACAAAAAUAUGCCGAUAAUCUUCAUUGGUGGUAUGCCACGAAGUGGCACGACAUUAAUGCGUGUCAUGCUCGAUGCACAUCCAGAAGUUCGAUGUGGAGAGGAAACGCGAGUGAUUCCAAGAAUUCUUGGAAUGAGGACACACUGGCAACGAUCUGAGACUGAGAAACGUCGUCUGAACGAGGCUGGAAUUACAGAUGAUGUCAUAGAUUCAGCGAUAACGGCAUUCAUGCUGGAAGUGAUUGCCAAGCAUGGUGAAGCAGCCCCAAGACUUUGUAACAAAGAUCCAUUCACAUUGAAAUCUAGUCUUUAUCUAUCUAAAUUAUUUCCUAACUCCAAAUUCUUGUUUAUGAUACGUGACGGCCGAGCUGUUGUGCAUUCAAUAAUAUCACGAAAGGUUACAAUAACUGGAUUUGAUCUUUCUAGUUAUCGAAAUUGUCUUAAAAAAUGGAACCAAGCUAUGGAAUCUAUGUAUGCUCAGUGUUUACAUGUGGGAUCAGGACAUUGUAUGCCGGUUUACUACGAACAGCUCUCAUUACAUCCAGAAUUGUGGAUGAAACGGAUUCUAGAAUUUCUUGAUCUGCCUUGGAAUAAUUCUGUUCUUCAUCACGAGGAUUUUGUUGGAAAACCUGGAGGAAUCUCAUUGUCAAAAACAGAGAAAUCCUCUGACCAAGUGAUUCGUCCGGUGAAUGUAGAAGCUCUAAGUCGCUGGGUGGCCCAUAUACCGCAACAAGAUAAGACUGAUAUGGCAACCAUAGCUCCCAUGUUAAAAACUCUAGGAUACGAUCCCUUUGCCAACCCGCCAGACUACGGAAAACCUGACCCAAGAGUUGCAGACAAUACCAUGCACAUAAAACAGAACUUUGAUUUUUGGAAAAAUCGUGAACUUGAAAUCAUGACCUCAGAAAAGCUGCAUCAGAGAAGAAAAUCUAGUAUGGACAGUGAGCCGCCAAGCUGA